AUGACGUCUCUUUCAAAACACAAGUCCGCCAUCUCUAAGCGCAAGCUCGACAAGGCGGAUGUAGGAUUGGGUCAUAUGCGCAUCACAUUCAGGAAACAUGGUCUUUCUCACCACCCAGCGCCACACAAUCUUCACGACUCAUUCGCAUCCUGCCGUCAGGUCGCCAUCCAGUUGGACUGA